UCACUGGUUUUGUGCAUGAAUGAAAGUGAGUGUGCAAGCGAGAGUAUAAACAAAAUGUUUAAUAUUUAGGGCGUUGGCGCUAAUUUCAUAGUAGAUAAUAAAGUGUUAGAAGACUGAUAAGCGGCCGUCCAAUAUUUGUGAUACAUUCAUAGAUAAGAUAUCUAGAUUUGUAGGUGAAACAAACUUUUUAUUACUCAUUUUUACUACGAGACUACAACCGCUGUUUUUGUUGUUUCGUGCAAUUUUCUCUUGCUCUGGUGUUCUUAUAUUAUCAAUUAAGACUACGUUUAUGUUUCAAAUCUUUGCCAAUCGAAGUCUUAUUAACGGGCGGGACACACGAUAACUUCGCAUUCAAGUAGCGGUUGUUUUGUUCACACGAUGUGAAUCUAUGAAUCAUAGUGGAUUCAGUGUUCUCAAACUAACAGCGUGAUUUUGUGAUGUGACAAUGUUGAAAACUACAGUUUUUUGUGUGUUGGUGUGCGUGAAUGUUGCAAGAAGUCAGUCCAAUAAGGAUUUAUACAAUGGACAGUUUAAUGAGUACAGUAACCAUCCAUAUGACAAGUCCAGGGAGUCGUCCCGUCUACCGAGCCCUGGAGACACGGACUACAGAACGUAUGUGUACAAUAACAGAAGAUACGGGACAGAUCCCGGUCGCUACAAUCCGUAUAACCCGAGCAUAAACCAGCCCGGAGGAUUUCCGUAUAACCCCAUAAAUACUAAUCCUCUGGAUGAGCAGUUCAAGUAUAAUACUAACCGAGACCCCAACAACCCUGAUGCCCUGUUCCCCGGCAUCCUUGGGGGCUGGCGUGAGGACCUACAGGGCCGCGAGCGCAGAGACUCCAAGCAACUGAAGCGGGAUAUCUUUGUUAACACCAACUAUGGACAGGUGCAAGGGUUUAAGGUGUAUCUGUAUGAUAAUCCAGAGCCCAGUUCCGGAUACAGGCCGUGGCUCACACCCGUGGAGCGGAUACAAGGAGAAGUCUCAGUGUUUCUUGGAAUACCUUAUGCCCAACCACCUGUUCUGGAAGGAAGAUUUAAGCCUCCCCGCCAGCACCCCGGCUGGCAGCUGCUGCAGGCCGUGGACUGGGGCCCCGCGUGCCCGCAGCCCGUGCGCUUCACCGGCGCCACCAAGGGCAUACGGGACAUGGACGAGGACUGCCUGUAUCUGAACAUAUUCUCUCCUAGUACGGAAGCGGGCGCCACGGCUCAGAAGUACGCAGUGAUGGUGUACAUCCACGGCGGGCAGUUCACCUCGGGCGCGUCCAACCUGUUCCCCGCGCACAUGAUGGCCGCCUUCUACAACGUGGUCGUCGUGUCGCUCAACUACCGCCUCGGCGCGCUGGGUUUCCUCUCAACUGCCGACGAAAACUCCCCUGGCAACUAUGGCAUCUUAGACCAGGCCAUGGCUCUCCGCUGGGUGUACGACAACAUCGAGUGGUUCAACGGAGACCGCGAGUCGAUCACUCUGUUCGGGCCGGGCGCUGGGGCGGCCUCGGCUGGGUUGUUAGCUGUAGCGCCUCAGACUAGGGAUAUUGUUACUAGGAUUAUUGCUCAGAGUGGCUCAGUGCUAGCGGACUGGGCGCUCAUAGAAGACAAGUACCGCGUCCAGAACACGUCGCUGGUGUUCGGGCGGCUGCUCGGCUGCCCCAUAGACUCGUCGUGGAAGCUGCUCAACUGUCUGCGGCAGGGGCGCAGCUUCUACGAGCUGGGGAAUGCAGAGUUUCAGCCACAAGUAGGCUUCCUCCCCUGGGGUCCGGUCCUGGAGAGCAACUUCACCUUCCCGGGAGACGGCUGGUACGCGGGCUGGCGCUCCCGAGACUGGCGUCUGCUGGACCAGCCGCCGGUGCAGUUAUUGCAGCGCGGGCAGUUCAACCACGCGCUGCAAUACAUGACUGGCGUUUGUGCGCAGGACGCCGCUUACUAUCUGUACAACAACGACUCCCUAGCCCCCACCUACGAGAUCUCAGAACAAUGGUUCGACCAAAAAGUGGCCGAGCUGGUCCACCGCUACAACUACACGCUGAACCCGCGCGGCGUGUUCGAGGCGAUCCGCUACAUGUACACGUACCACCCGGAGCCGCACAACGCGAGCGCCGUGCGCGACCAGUAUGUGCAUCUCCUAUCAGACUUCCUGUACCGCGCGCCCACAGACAAGCUGGUCAAGUUGCUUCUAGAACAGAAUGUGCCGGUGUACAUGUACGUGCUCAACACCACCGUGGAGGCCUUCCGCUGGCAGCCGUGGCGGCAGUACGCGCACGACACUGAAAGAUACUUCCUGACCGGGGCGCCUUUUAUGGACCAGGAGUUCUUCCCGCGCAAGCAGAGGAUCGAGCGGCAGGCGUGGACCGGCAACGACCGGAAUAUGAGCCACUUCUUCAUGAAGGCGUAUACUGACUUCGCACGAUUUGGAAACCCGACCCGCUCCCAAAUCCUCGGCCUCCACUUCGAGAUGGCCAAAGCCGGACAGCUGCGAUACCUCAACCUGAACACGACGUACAACAGCACCAUACAGCUCAACUACAGGCAGACGGAGCUCGCCUUUUGGAAUAUAUACCUGCCCACUGUUAUAGGCAGGUUGCUGCCGACUUAUCCUCCUAUUACUGAGUACUGGUGGGAGCCGAAGCAGCCUCUACAGAUAGCCUUCUGGUCGGUGUCGUCGGCCUGUCUAGUGCUCAUUGUGCUGCUAGUAGUAUGCUGUAUGCUGUGGAGAAACGCUAAGAGGGCUAUACCACCUAAAUGGAAACUGGUUCCAGAGAUAGAGACGGACCGCUACUUCAACAGCGAUAUAUUCAUGGUGCCCGAAUUAGACGAGGGCGGCAUAGACAACGCGCGCUCGCGAGACAACAUAUAUGAAUACCGCGACGUGCCCAUGAAGACCCCCGCCACGCCGCUUAGUAGAGCAACAAGCCACCCAGCGACCCUCCACUCGCGGCCAUCAUCCCAGGCGUCCACGGGCUCAGCCAUAUCUCUCAAAGAAGGCGUGGUCUCUAGUAGCCCCAACCCCCGCGCGCCCACCCCGCCCGCGCCGCGCGCUCGAUCCCGCACUCACAUGGUGCAGGGGGUGCCGCAGACUACUGUGUAGGGGGAGCGUUAAGGUUUGAUUAGAAUGGUACCACUGGGUAGUGAUAGGGUUAGGGAAGAAUUUUGGAUGCUUCAGUUGAGAAUGUUUUGAAAGACGCGUUUAGGGUGGUGUAUUUAACAUUGUAAUUGAUAGGGAAAUCGAAAAGCAGAAAUCCGCUCAAAUGGCAUCGCUUCAAUAGAUUUUAUACGUAUUAUCGUCUAUC